AUGAAAACCAAGGCAUCUCGCACUGAUGUGUCUGAUCUGUCGAUGGUGAUCUGGAAGAUAUCCGUGGAGAAGCGGGUACAUUCACUGUCGCUCAUGUCGUUACAAUGGGACCCUCCGUAUGAUAUGAGUGUGAACAUGGACGAUGACGUAUUGGUGGGUAUGGUAACAAGAGCAGUCACUCCGCCACCACCACUGGCUGGUGUGGCUUUGCUGCAGUUCCUGCCGGAUAGUGAUGUGUCUAGUUACGGGUUUGGAGAAGAGGUAGCUGCUGCAAGUGCUGGUCGCCAGGAGUCAGUGUGUGCUGAGUGUGCUGAGGACACUACAGCAGUUGCAGUUUGCUUGGACUGUGGCGACAAUCUAUGCACUGACCAUGCCAGGGUGCACCCAACCUCACGCAGGUCGUACAGACACAAGGUUGUGACACACCGUGAGAUUGCGGCACAUACAGAUGAUAGUAAAUCAGCCAGCAAGCACAAAUGCUCAUUCCACCCCUCGUCUGUGCAGGAUUCGUACUGCAUGACUUGUGAACAGCUAUUGUGUAGGCAAUGUGUAAGCAGUGGUGAUCAUGAUGCUCACAAUGUGCAGACUACCACUAUGGCAUCUGCUAGCAUUCGCCAGUCCUUGAAAACCAAGCUGACUAGCACGUCACGUGGAAGUGGCAGUGUUUUUGAGGUGUUGAUCAAGAACUUGAAGAAGACUGAGGCGAAACUGAGCGAACUCCGUGAAGAGAGAGAAGGUGUGAACUACCGGAUCAAUGACGUUUUUGGUGGUCUGAAGAAAGACAUUGAGAAACGUCAGCAGGAGCUUCUGCAUGAGGUAGAGCAGUUGCAGUUGUCUUAUCUUCUUCCCAUUCAAGACGAGAGGCAGAGCUUACUUGCUGGUGCAUCGUAUAGCACGAAGGUUCAAUAUCUUGCACAGAACUGUGACGAUGUGAAUUUCUUGAAGAUGAGCGGAUGGCUGGUGGAAGCAGCGAAGAAUGUGGUGCGUGUGUCCGAGAGAGAUGUGAGGGUAUUUUCUCCGGGAACGCUAUCGUUUUCACCAUGCCAUGGCGAGGAGCUUACAGCGGCCAUUGCCAGAACUGGUGUGGUGAGUGACAAAGGUGUACUGUCAUCGGAGAAGAGUAGCAUGACUACUGCAGCCAGUGUUGUGGAGGGAGACGACCUUACCGUGAUCAUUGAGCCACGGAAUGGCCGCGGUAAUAGUCUGGCUGUGACGGAGGCACAUCUGUCUAGUGUUCACAUUGAAGUAACAUCUGUAGACAACAACAGCACUAGCAUGAUUGAACCGGUGAUGAUGUCUGACUGUAGUCCUAAUGAAGGUACUAACAUGAUUGCAACGUACAAGACGACCGGAAAGAAGGGUUCAGUGCAGGUAUCAGCCAUGAUUGGAGAUCACCAUGUAGCUGGAAGUCCUGCAACGAUUACCAUCGUGGAUCCUCUUCAGUUUGAUCCCAGCCAAUGUAGUGCAAAUUUGGAACUGUCAAACAACACCCGAACAGUUACGGACAUCUGA